GCGUUGCUCACCACACACAUUCAGCUCAGUUGAACUCCAACACGUCCCUGCAAAGAUGAAGCUGUUGUGGCUACUCCUGGUUACUGUGGCUCUCGUGGUGGCGGAGAAUGGCGACACAGAGGAUGAACUUGAAGAUACCAGAGCUGAAGACGCUACUGAAGUCGCUGUAGACCCCACUGUAGACGUCAUUGGAGUCGCUCUUGACGCCACUGCAGACGCCAGUGGAGUCGUUCUUGACGCCACUGCCGACGCCACUGGAAUCGCUCUAGAUGCCACUGAGGUCGUUGUUCAAGGCCGUACCCGCAGCAAAGCCAAAAAGAACAAGGGUCCCAGCACAGAUACAAAGGGAAACCAGCGGUUCUUGGGGAUCGGCGGCGGAUUCGAUGUAAAUUCAGCAUUUGGAGGUGGGUUCGGUGGCAACCCAGCUUUUGGAGGUGGACUCGGUGGCAAUCCAGCUUUUGGGGGUGGAUUCGGUGGCAAUCCAGCUUUUGGGGGUGGAUUCGGUGGUAAUUCAGCUUUUGGAGGUGGAUUCGGUGGCAACCCAGCUGUUGGAGGUGGAUUCGGUGGUAAUCCGGCAUUUGGAGGUGGAUUCGGUGGCAAUCCAGCUUUUGGAGGCGGAUUCGGUGGCAAUUCAGGUUUUGGAGGUGGAUUCGGUGGAUUAGGAGGAGGAUUCCUUGUCAAUCCCCCAAGUGGCUGCCGCUACUGGUGCAGGACACCCCAGGGUCAGGCUUAUUGCUGUGAGAACGUCAAUGAACCCCAAAGCUUCGCUGGUGUAGUCAAGCCCGGACAAUGCCCGCCUGUCCGUCCCGUCUGUCCACCUGUCAGAAAUUUUGGUCCCCCGUCAUCCUGUUCUAACGACGGUGCCUGCGGAGGAGUUGACAAGUGCUGCUUCGAUACUUGUCUACAACAACACACCUGUAAAGCUCCUCUUGGCUUCGGUCGCUGAAGAAAUCCCCUAAAUUUCAUCAGUAUUUACUAUCUACUAAAAUCACACAAUUUUUUCCUAGACAACAUUCUUAAUUAAAAAUCUGUAAAUAUUGUAAAUUGUCCUCUGUUACGAACCACGCCAUCUAUUGUCCUGAUCUACCUACCCAGCACCACGAGCAACGUCAUCUAGGGACGAAAC